CAUAACCAUGUUCCACAAGAAGCAGAUUGUCGCCUGUUUUAAUCUGCUUAUUUGUGUAAUUGUAUUAUCAAUAAGUUUUUGGGUAAUCCAAGAAGUCAAUGUCUUGAAAAGCAAACUGAGGAUAAUAAAAAGGGAUCUGCUCCUUCAGUUAGCCCAGCUGCAAUCGUCAAGCACACUCAAGGAUGACAUAUUGAUGUCUGACACAUGGGAGGUAUGUCAGGUCAUUUCUCAGUUUGACUUACUGUGGUUUUGUUUGAAUCCCCCAAAUUGCUUUGAAAUUUUGACAUGUUUGGUUGUCAUGCACUUUAUAUCACUGUGUUUACUUGAUAUGCUUGAAACCAAUAUGACCAAUGGUUAUUCACUGAGGUCUUUCAGCGAAUCAAACAGGAGCUGGCUGGCUGCACACUUACACAGAUCAUGUACAGGGCAACAUUUGACAUCCAUUAGAGUACCCACUCAUAGCAGUGUAUUCCUCACAGCAGAGCGUUCAUUCCUGAAGCUAGUAGCGAAAGGUGAUGAGAAGCCACAGUUAAGAGGAAAUGUGACCGUCAUUCCGUGGACUAUAGCUGCACAACGUGGACCUGCCCUAGCUACACUCAACAACAAAGUUAUCGUACAAGAAGACAGUUACUUUGUGGUGUAUGGCCAGGUGCUGUUUCUAAACCCAAGUGAAGUCAUGGGCCAUGUGAUCACAAGGAAAACAUCAAGUGUAGCAGGGAUGGAACAAACAAUCACAAGCCUGUUUCACUGUCUGCAGGAAAUGCCAGAAAAUAACCCAGUGAACACCUGUUAUACUGCUGGAAUAGCACGACUGGGCUGUCAAGAUGAGCUGGAGCUUGUUGUUCCAUUCCGACCUGACGCACAGAUUGCCAUGGACACUGAAUCUACCUUCUUUGGAAUAAUACAGCUCUAAGAACUGCUAACAACAAUGUGCAGAGUAACAAACCAGCCUGAACAAACUAUACACAAAAAUGAAUUUGCCAAAAUACAAAAAAAAAAAAAAAGCGCAUUACAGCAGGGCUCAUAGGAUUUCACACAACUAGACAGCUAUUAUCAUCAGGAAAUAAGGCUGCCAGGGGAUGAUGUCCAUGAGUGACCGCUACAAGCUGGCAGUGUUAGAUAGCCACACAUAGGAAGAGCUUUUCAGAACAGGAAGAGCUUUCAAAAACAAUGUCACUUUUACCAGAUACCAAUUCCAAAUGCAGCUCAUGCAACUGAACCAUGCUGACAACCACAGAAUUAGGAAAAAACAUAUGGAGAAAUAGCAUAUGGGUGGUAAUGUGCUAUGCACUUUAUUUGUAGGUGAAAAUAGGGGAGGGAGGUGCUCCUUUUUUUUUUUUUUUUAAGAAAAGUGGUCAUGUACUGAAAGGCUAAACCAUAUAUGUGUAUGAGUUUAGCACAUACAGGAUGAUGAUGCAUAUGCCUAUACAUUUGGGGGAAAUAAACCGGAUUUAUAGCACAAAAAAGAUCAGAUACCCCGCUACCUGGGAUAAGAACAACCCGCAAGGCUGGGUGAAUCAUGAAUCAAUUUGUCAUUGGCGUGUUAUAAAGUGUAUAAAUUAUAUUCCUAAUCAUGUGUGGUCUUACUUUUCUAAAAUUAAAUUGACACCUUUGUUA